CCGAUGCGGCGGCCCGUGAGAGUGAGCGUGCUCGUGCAGAGGGACUUCGAGGAGCUGAGCGCCGCGGGGUGCUUGUCUGCACCUUGCCCAAAGCCCGGGCUGGCUCCCUGUGGCAUCGCGUGGCAGGCGUUGCUGCAGAGCGCAUGCGUGCAUUCGCUGCGAUGGUCGCAAGAGGUCAAGGUCCGGAUCUACUGCUGCGGAUGCCCGUUGAAGCACACCGUCCACUUCAACGGGGAAGCGCUUGGCCUGUAUGCGUGGAGCAGAGCCAUCAUCGUCACGCAAGAGUCCUGCCAGCUCCUGCUCCGUUCGGUUCAAGGGACCGGAUCCGCGUUCAGCGCCCUGAUCAGCGCACAGAAGGCGGUUCGGACGCUCUUCUCACCGGGAGCCGCUCCCUCUCUCAGCGAGGAGUCGUGGCGGAAGGUCUGCUUGGCCUUCUUCCGGCUGUGUGGGCGAAGCAUCCUCGAGUGCUGCAGCCUUUGCGGGCCUCACCCAGACGUUCUGCUCUGCGACGGUAUUGUCGGGCUAGCGUGCGCGGAUGGUAGCCGAUCGAAAGGGGGGCUGGCGCGGACGGCGGCAAGCGAACUCCGGCCUUUCACAGCUCCGAGUCGUGACAGUUUGGGGGGGACCGUCGUGAAGCACAUGGAAGCCGGUGUGAACUUCAGUGCGACUGCGCUGGAGGGGCGGGGGCUGAAGCGGCGCUUGAUCCACCAGCCGGAGCUGCGGGCUCUGCUGGCGCGGUACAGCCAACAUCAUCCAAAGGACCCGGAUCUGGGGGCGCAGCUGAGUGGGAGUGAAUUCCAAGAGCUGCUGGAGCAGAUCGGGCAGAUCCGAUCGAAGAACCGAGCUGCACGGCUGCUGUUGGAGGGGAUCCGGGGGGAGACCCUUGCUGCUUCGGGCGUCAACCCCGGUCGAGUGCGUUCGCCGCGAAAGUGGUGGGCGGAAGUGCUCUACGCUCUGGGGGCCCCUCAGACCGUCGCUGACGACAGCAACCUGAUCCAGCAUGGAGCGGCUCUGGCUGUUGUUCGGACGAUCCUUCUGGAGGGUUCAGCAGACGAGGGGGGAAAGGCCGUGCUGGCCGAGCAUGCGCCCAUCCUUCGUCGGUUGCUGGACAACCACGACGGAGUGUUUCCGGCCUUCUUUCUCCCCACGCUGCACCACUUGUACCGGCUGACGUUGUUCGGACGCGGGGCGGUCGGGCUGGGGCCACCGAACCCCUCCGUGUAUGCUCUUAACCAAGCCGAGCGCGAGCUGCUGCACGAUCGGCUAGGGCUCUCCGGGGACGGACGGCUCCUCGAAGCGCUCCCCGAAAACCACCCGUACAGCCGAGAGCAGACUGUGCUCGGCUGCUAUCCCCUUCCCGGUUGGGAGCAGAAGCGGCCCCUGCCCCAGUACAAGCCGUUCGAGGAUGAGCUUGGUCGGGCCGUCGAAAGCAGCGAGGAGCACCGCUGUAAAAGCGGUCUCACGGUCGGGGAAUAUGAUGCCAAGGUUGCGGCUGCCAAGAGUGAGAAAGCGGGCAAGCGGCUGCAAAAGCAUACAAAGGGGGGCUUUGUGUUCUGCUGCCCUCACAGGGUGAUCUACGGCUGGCACGUGAUGCUCCGGGGGGAGAGUCCUCGUGAUCCGUUCGCGGUGUUGUACACCCGCCUCCACCGGCACACACUGCCUUCUUAUGUGAUCUACGAUAAUUCGUGCAAGCUGAGGGCGUACAGUAUGAGGCGAGAGCCUGCAUUCUUUGCUGACGUACGGUUUCUGAUCGACCGGUGA